UAUAUAUAUAUAUCUACGUAUAUACAUAUAUGACAUGAGUUUGUGUCAGAAAAGCAUGUUUAUGGACUCAAGAGUAAAGCUAGAUAUAUCCUAGACACUAGGAUAUGUGAUGUAUUUGUGAAUUGCACAGUGUUAAGGGUGUCGCACAGUGUUUUUGACUGCAUUCAUAGUCUUUUAAAAUGAACUAUUUUGUAAUCCUUGUAGUGUAACUAGAACUAUCGGUUUAAGUCAGUGUGAGAGAUGGGCACAAUUCGCAUAAUUGACUGAUCAUUUGAGACAGUUCAUCAGAUUUAGUAAACAUUUAUUGUUCUAAUGGAAUAUAAAAUGUACCCAACAAUUACGCUGAACACAGCUUCACCUUGUGGACUUAUCAACCGAUUAUUAAAAAAAACCUCCCUCUAUGUAAAUCUCAGACUGAACCAGGAUAUAACUAUUUAAUUCCCUGUAACGCAUCAGCGAUCACACCUUAACGACGUCAGACACAAGACAAAAAUGCCUUUACGUGAAUGAAUCGGGCAACUUCUAGUAGCUAACGUCAGUGUUGUGGCUUUAUGCUAUAUGUAUAAUUACUGUUAUAGUUAUAUACUAUUCGUGGGUUAUCUAAAUCGCCGUAAGAUACAAAUUCACGGAGACGAGGAUGCAGUACAUGUUAGAUCAUUUACUGGCGGGCGAAUCUCUCAACUGCCAGGCAUGAACAAACUAUCACAGAGCUCCGUAGUACUGACAGUCAAACACAAUCGAGCACCGAGUGCUCGACCCAAUAUACCACAGUUAGCAAGCGUUUGUUAUUAUCAUUGAAAGACCCCAUCGUGCAUCUCGCCGUCGAUAGCGCCGACUAGGUUAACGUUUAAUCCUAGAAGACGCUAUUAGCCUAACAACAGAAAUGACGUCGACACUGACGUAUGAUAACAGUGACGAGCUGUUGUGCGUCACGACCAGGAUAGUGUCUCCAUGGCAACGCCUUUGAUCUUUGUCACGUCAUAGCCAUAUCCUGUUCAAGCCCAUUUCGCGUUCCAGUCCUUCUCUGGCAGUCACAUAUCUGGGAGCUUAGAGAGGAACCACAAGCGGAUACAAACUUCUCAUAAUUCGUUUCUAAAAAGCUUUAAAAAUGACUUCGGUUACAUUAAAAGCUGAGAUUACAAAACAGAAGCUACAGAUCGAAAGGUUGCAGGCAGAGAACAUUGAAUUAAAGGAUUAUGCGAGGAAAAUGUUUGCCAAAAGAAAAGCUAUAGAGGGAAAGGAGCCAUUGCGGUUAGCAAAAGCAGAAUGUGAAAAACUAACAAAGGAACUCGCAAAAAAAAACAGACAAGAGAAAGAUGAUGAGAUAAAUAUAAAACAACUGUCUCUAAGGUACAAUCAAGUGAAAAGCGAAGUUGAAAAGCAUUUACUGUCAAAUAAGAAGCUACAGGCAGAAGUGGACAUCCUGAGACAAACUGUGGCAAACCAGACAAUGGAUUUAGAAAAGCACAAAAAAGAGGAGGAAAAGGAGAACCUCCUGAUUUUAGAGCUGAAGGCAAAUCUGCAAUGCUGUAGUGAACAGCAAUUUAUAUCUGAAACUAAGCAGAAAAAGCUCACAGAGGACGCAAAGAACACAGAACAGGAGAUUGUGAAUGCCAGGUGUUUGAUUGCUGAUUUGGAGAGAAAGCAAAGACAGCUAAUUAUCUAUAAUGAUACCACAACAAAUCAGAGAAAUCUUGCCCUCAAAAACUUGUUCAAGGCUCAGGGGGAACUCUUUCAAAACCGCAAAGAAACUCAGAGUCUGCAGGAGGAUGUCAAAACCUUGAAUAUUACGGUCGAUGGUAGUAAUAAACAGCUGACCGAGGCUAACUUAGCUUGCAAUUGCACAAAAGAAAAGCUGCAAAAAGUGAAGUUGCAGCUUGCCGAAACAAAGAAAAUGUAUGACAACUUCAAAAAAUCCAUGUCCAACAUGGUGGCAGAAACCAGACUGAACGAGGUCUUGGCUGAAAAGGCAAAGUUGGAAAAAGAGAUUUUGCACUUUGACAAUGUAGUAGAACAACUACAAAUCCAGCUCAAACUUCAGAACGUUACAAAGGUCAAGCAACAAAAAUGUAUUAGGGACACUGAAGAUGAGUGCUCUCGGCUCAACGAGGAGAUCACUACGAUGAAACGGCAAUUGAGAAAUUUUAGAGUCAGAAAGUUCUAUGAGAGAUCCUCGUCCCGUCCGAUAGUCCAUUGCAGAUGGCGAAAUAAAGAGGUUCAGAGAAACUAUUGGAAAACAGUUCUUGAACGAAAGAAUGCAGAGAUCGAGGACCUGCAGCGCAGGUUGGCACGGAGGCCAGAUGACGCCAUACUGAACCUCCACCAGUGUCAGUGGGACAACAGACAACUAAAAAAACUGUUGCAGGGAGCACAGGGAGAAAUCCUGAUGUACGAGUCUCUGUACGAGAUAGCCACUGAGAAGAACGAGGAGCUGACAUUUGCCCUGAGGAAGCUCAUGUGUGAGUUUGAAGCAAAGCGUUCCUAUUUGUCUCAUAUUUCCACAAGGGACCUGCCCCCCACUGAAGAAAAAUUAAAGGACAAGUGCAAGAGUGAGCUUGGAGGCAAGAACGAUUGUUGGGACCCCAUUCUCCCCAUUCACCAGUCAUCCACUGAAAACAAAUCCACGGACAAGUGCAAGAGGGAGCUUGGAGGCAAGAACGUCAGUUGGACCCCCAUUCUCCCAAUUCACCAGUCGUCCACUGAAGACAAAUCCAGGGACAAGUGCAAGAGGGAGCUUGGAGGCAAGAACGUCAGUUGGACCCCCAUUCUCCCAAUUCACCAGUCAUCCACUGAAGACAAAUCCACGGACAAGUGCAAGAGGGAGCUUGGAGGCAAGAACGUCAGUUGGACCCCCAUUCUCCCAAUUCACCAGUCAUCCACCGAAGACAAAUCCAGGGACAAGUGCAAGAGGGAGCUUGGAGGCAAGAACGUCAGUUGGACCCCCAUUCUCCCAAUUCACCAGUCAUCCACUGAAGACAAAUCCACGGACAAGUGCAAGAGGGAGCUUGGAGGCAAGAACGUCAGUUGGACCCCCAUUCUCCCAAUUCACCAGUCAUCCACUGAAGACAAAUCCACGGACAAGUGCAAGAGGGAGCUUGGAGGCAAGAACGUCAGUUGGACCCCCAUUCUCCCAAUUCACCAGUCAUCCACUGAAGACAAAUCCACGGACAAGUGCAAGAGGGAGCUUGGAGGCAAGAACGUCAGUUUGCCCCCCAUUCUCCCAAUUGCCCAGUCAUCCACUGAAGAAAAAUCCAAGGACAAGUGCAAGAGUGAGUUUGGAGCCGAGCCCAUGCGUUUCCCCCCCGUCUCCACAAUGGCCCGGUUAUCGACUGAGGAUCAACCCGUGGUCGCUAGAACCCCCAAACCUGCACAUUUGUCCCCCACUAAGGGCCGAUCCCAGGUUGCUUGCAGGCCUGUGUCAAGGCUCACUCGCUUCCCAGUCAACGCAAAGUUGGAGCAUGCGUGUGAAAAGGAAUCUGAAGAGCCCCCCAUUUUAGUCAGGCCAUGCACAUACCAUCCCAGGCCACCCCCAACCUCAUCCCAAGCCCAAUCUUCACCCCAACCCAGGCCACCCCCAACCCCGCGGCCCCUGGGGCCUCAUUAAGUUGUUUUCAGGAUCGAGGAGGCCUUCUCCCUCAAGACUAAUCUCGCCGCAUAAUGAGGAGGUGACCUCGUAUUUGCUCCGGG